AUGUUUUAAAAGUCUAAAGAAUAUGUUGCUAAUUUAUUACCCUUUAAACCCAACAAAAAUAAUAAAUAGGAAAUUAUAGAUGAAGUUAGUAAAGAGAAAAUUAAAGAAAAAAUGUUGAUUUAUUAAAAUCAUAAGGACAACAAUGAUUUAAAAGUGCUUUAGUAAAUCUAUGAUGAAGUUUAUAAAUAUAAUCAUAUAGAUUAGAACCAGAAAAGGUUCAUUAAAAGCAUAGAAUCUAAUAGUUAAUUAUUUAGUUAUUAUUCUAUCAAACAAUUAUAAGAAAAACAUAAAAUGUUAAAGUUAUGUAGUAAAUUUAGAGAGGUCAGAGGGGAUGGUAAUUGUUUUUAUACUGCUUUGGGCUUUAGAUUUUUAUAGAUAUUAUUAGGAGAAUAAAACUAAUCAUAAUUUUUAUCUUUUUUGGAUAAAAUUGAGUUAAUCGAUCUAUAAUUUAUAUAAUAUUUUAAGAAUUAAAAAAUACCAGAAGAAAUCUAAAAAAGUCUACUAAAUGAAUAUUUAUUUCGAUUAUGUUAGAUGAGAUUAAUAGAAGAUUAGGAAUAAAGGCUAAUAAAUUUAGUUGAAUAAUACAAAGCCUUUGAACCAAAGGAUGAUAUUGAUGGUUACUUUUUUGCUUUAACAACAAUCUUCUUUAGAAAUAUUUCAUAUUAUGUAGCAUCAAAAAGUGAAUUAGCAGAAAAUAUAUUUGAUAAAGAUAAUCUAUUAAUUUGGGGAGAAGAAUGCAAUAAUAAUGAGAUAAUCAUCAAGGAACUUGCAGAAUUUUUAAGAGUGUAAGAAAUUAACAUUUAUUAUUAUAGAAUGAUUGUUUUGGUAUUCAUAAAUAAAGGAACAGUGUAGAGUGUAGAAUAUUCUGGAGAACUUCACUACCAUUAAAUAUUACUUCUUUUCUAGCCUGGACAUUAUAAUAUUGGAUUUGAAUGA